CUGGCGAACAACAACUACAACAUAGCUUUACACACAACCAUAAGACAGAAGUGAGAGAGCUUUGCGGCAAACCAUAGAAGCAACCAUGAAGAACACCAAGCUCGUGGCGAUCCUUGUCCUCCAGGCCAUCAUGGUCAUGGGAAUCCUCGCACACGUGAAUGCCGAUUACUUCCCGAAGUGCUGCAACAACUGCAGGUCCUUCUCGGGGGUCGACGUCUGCGACGACGCACACCCCCAGUGCCCCAAGGGCUGCUCGGCCUGCCGCGUGGUGACGCCGAGCCCUCACAAGACGUUCCGGUGCGCCGACAUGAAGAGCACCGUCGACGGCACCUGCGGCGGGCCAUGCAAGAAGCACUGAUCCGUUCAGGGCUUCAGGCUCAGACGUGGUGUGCCGUCUAAAAUAAAGCUCAGAUGAUGAGCCAGCUUGUCACAGUGUUUGUGCGUGCCUGUGGCUCCACCUUGCAUACCGACAAUACAUACGCUGUUGUCGGUCGUCGUUCUUCGUUUUAAUUUCUUCUUCAAGAGUUGUCUGUUGUUGCUCGCCUCUCAGGUGCCUGUUGUAUCAUCCGCGAAUAAAAACGUGUGUUGGUUG